AUGUGUACUGCCUUUCUUUCUUUUUCCCUUUACUCUUUCUGUCUCUCUUCUCUCUAUUUCUCUCUUCUUUUUUCUCAUUGUUCUCUAUCUCUUUCCCACUCUUUUUCCUUUAUUUCUUUCUUACCUCUAUCAUUUUACUCUCUCUUCUUUCUCUCUCACGCUUUUUGUCUCUUUCUCUCUUUUCUUCCUCUCUUACUAUUUUUGUCUCUUUCACCCUUCCUCCCUCUCUCUUUCUCACUCAUUUUCUUUCUUUCGAUUUUUUCUAACUUUUCUCUCUCAAUUUUCUCUAUCGCCUUCUCUUUUCUCUCUCUUCACUCUUCCGGCUUUCUCUCUCUCUCUCUCCCUCACUCUCUCCAUCCCCUCUCUCUUUCUCUCUCUCUCUCUCUCACCCUUCCUCUCUCUUUCUUAGCAAUUCUGUCCCCGCGUUUCCUUUAUACUGUCUCUGAUUCCCUUUGCUUUUUUCUUUAUCUGUUUAUUUCCCUCUUGGAUUAUUUCCUGUUACUUCCAACAAAUUCUUCCUUUCCUUUAAAUAUUCUUUCACCACAUCAUCGACAUUUCUCCUUCCAUUUCUGUCAAUUAAAUUCCAAAUCUAAAGGUGAAAGUGGCAUAAGAUCCAUGUCCCUUGUCUUCAUUACGUUCCUGAAUUCGAUCUUGAUUUUAACACUGAAUCAAUCACGCAUCUGUAAACACCUUUACAAAUUCCCUUUCAACCAAAUUAGGCGAUAG